AUGACUGGUCGUGGUGGCGGUGGAGGGCGCAAGAUCUUGCUCCCCCCCAUCAAUUUCAUUUUCAAGCUCCUCCAAACACACGCGACCGUUAAGAUCUGGUUAUACGAACAAUUGUCAAUCAGGAUCGAGGGGAAAAUUAGGGGAUUCGACGAAUUUAUGAAUCUCGUUAUUGAUGACGCGGUUGAGGUAAAGCAAAUCACGAAGACGAACCCAGAAGAGAAGCGCAGACCCUUAGGUCAAAUUUUGCUGAAAGGCGACAAUGUAUGCUUGAUUCAAGAAGCCGUAUGA